CAUCGUCUUCCUCUAUCGCUCCUCCUCACACACUUAACGUUCACAUUCCCCUUCUCUCUCUCUCUCUCUCUAAAUCUAAAAACUCUUUAGUUUCUCCGUGAAAACGAUGAAGUCCCCAGCGAAGAUCGGAGAGAACCGUUUCCUAGGAAACAUCUCGACUUCCUCAAUCCGAAACCUACUCCCCAGAUCCAUCUACGCGAAGCAUAAAUCAAUCCAAAGUCAGAGUUUCAGAUCCAACGACGAGAACGCUCCUCCUCCUCGCGACUCAAACAUACAACAGACCGAUCUUCAACUCCAGAACAAAGCUCCUCACAAAGUGUUCCCCUCAACUCUCCCCGAAGAACAACAUUCUCAGAUUCUCAAAUCGGGGCCAAACGCUUACUCUGAAGACAAGGAGACUAACUCUCCUUCCAAGUUUGAAGGGAGGAGUGUACUAGCUACAAGAUCUAGCUCCAUGGAUAAUGAGAUUACAGAGGAAGAUGACGAGUUGGGUGACCAGAUCCGUGAACUAAAGGAGGAACUAAUCAGAACCAAGUCUGAUGGGUACAAGCCUGAUGGAAGCAAGAGUGGUGGUUACUUUGCUAGGGAGAGCUUGAGUCAGUUGAGGAUGAGCAUCAACAAGUCUUUAGUCUUGUCCUGUGAUGAUGAUAACAAAGAAGAAGAAGACUGUGAUGAUGAUGUGAUGGAGUUGAAUAAACAUGUUGACAAGUACUGUGAUGAUGCUGAUGACUUGAGGGAUUCAGUGCAGUCCUCCUUUGCUAGUGCUUCCUGUUGUGAAGCUGAGUCAAUGAGUGGAGAUGAGAUCUGUUCUGAAGAUGUUGAGAUACACAAAGAGUGUGCCUUUCCUGAAUCUGUUGGAAACGGGAUCUCAAUCAGUUUACCUCACCAGACUCGUGUUCUCGAAGAGCCGAUUUUGUCUGAAUCUCCAAAGCUUAGGAACAUUCGCAAGAGCGUGGCUGCGUCGUCAACAAAGUUUCAAGCAAGUGCUGCUAGACCUUCCGUGUCCAACAAGAAGCCAUUGAGUCCAACGGAUUCUCUAGCUGCGAGUCUCCAGAGAGGACUGCAGGUUAUAGACUCUCACCAAAGGAGCUCUUUAUCAAACAGAUCUUCUGUUUCCUUCUCGUUUGGGCAUCUGUCUCUGAAGCCUUGCGAGAAUCUCAGUGCCUCCGUUAAAUCAUUUCAAGAAGAUAGACCAAAAGAAGGUGGUGGUUCAUCGAUUCUCCUCUGCCUUUCUUGCAGGCAGAAACUUGACCAAGAAGCUGAGGGAGGAUGCACGGACGAGAAGCAUCUCAAGAGCAUAUGUGCCGAGCAGGCUACCAAAAUUGAGCAGCUAACUUGUCUGGUAGACCAAUACAAAAAGAACACUGUCCUAGAGUCUAGUAAGCUAACCAAAUCUGAUGAUGGAGGAGAUGAGACAGAGGUUGUGAAGGAAACCUAUGAGACAAACCAGCUUAGUGAAGAGUUUGGGAAGAGUAGGAUUGAUCUCGGUGAAAAGGAAGCUCUUCUGAAGGAGAUUGCAGAGCUUAAGAGCAAGCUGCAGCCUACUAAAUCAACAGAGAACCUGAGAUCAUCUUUGCUACUAAGGUCCUUUCAAAUGAGGAAAAGCACUGACCUAACGAGAAACGCUGAGAACAACAGUGAUGGUCUAGAGGAGGAACGUGAAAGGUGGACAGAAAUGGAGAGUGAAUGGAUAUCUUUGACAGAUGAUCUAAGAACGGAUAUCGAUAGCCACCGUAGACACGCAGAAGAUCUGGAGAUGGAGCUCAGAAAAGAGAAAACGGCUACGGAGGAGCUAAACGACGCUCUUGGCAGAGCCAUGCUUGGCCACAGUAGAUUCAUCGAGCAGUACACUGAGCUGCAGGAGAAGUAUGAUGAGCUAGUUGAGAGGCACCAAGUGACGUUGGCAGGAAUCGUUGAUGUGAAGAAAGCAGCGGCUAAAGCUGCCGUAAAAGGUCGAGAUGGGAAGCGUUUUGCAAAGGCCUUUUCAGCUGAGCUUACUGCCAUUAGAGCUGAGAAGGAGAAAGAAAGAGAGUUCUUGAAAAAGGAGAACAAGGGCCUUAAGAUUCAGCUGCGAGAUACCGCUGAAGCUGUCCAAGCUGCUGGAGAGUUACUGAUCAGACUCCGAGAAGCUGAGCAAUAUGUACAAUCUGCCGAGGAACGUUUCAGUUUACUUGAAGAAGAGAAUGCAAAGUUAAAGAUGCAGAUGGAGAAGUUAAAGGAUAAGCACAAGACAGAGAUGGGCACAAUGAAGCAAUAUCUUGCAGAAAGCAAAUUGCCAGGGUCUGCAUUACAGCCAUGGUUUAAGGAGAAUGAAGAAGAAGAUGAAACAGAACACAGAACCGGUUUGGUCAAGGAGAAUGAAGAAUAUGAAACAGAGCGCAGAACCGGUGGUGUGGUCAGCUAUGACGAUUAUGCAGACGAUCAGGCCUGGAGAGCUGAGUUUGGUGCCAUAUAUCAAGACCAUCAGUACUGAUGAUGGUUCGAUCAUUUCAUUUCAAGAGCAAAAACUUUGUUGAAUCAGUGUCCUUUUGUCUCAGACAAGACCCAUCUUGGGUCAUCUCAUUUUCUUAUGUUGCUUAAAAAUUCUUAAUCUGUCUUGUUAUUGUUGUUGUUGUCUUUACAUUUUCUAUUGUUGUAUGGCCAUUAACUGAUGAAUCAGGUUUUCUUGGAAUCUGAAUA